CCCCCCCCCCCCCCCCCCCCCUCGCCUAAGAUAUUUGACGUCUGAGAUUGUUUUGUUCCCAUCAAUUCAUGAGCGCCCAAAUCCUCAUCACCCUCUGCCAGCAAACCAGCCUUCCUUUUUUUUAGCCGGAGCAGCCCUGCUUUUCGCUUCUUCAAAGUGGAGGAUAGGCUGUUUAAACACCUCUCUUUCUCUCUCUCCUUGAGGUUUUGGCUCAGAUGGCCAUGGAUCAAUCUUCGAGAGGAUUCUGCGGCACCAAAGGAUUAAAUCCGGGUGAUGAGACUUCUUUGGGGUUAUGGAAUCCGAAUCUUAUCAGCCGAUUCAAAAUGGACAAUACCUUUGUUGAUCAAAACUACACACGUAUUCCUCCCCUGCCAACUGAUCCAAUACCUAGCAAUUUGGAAUUGACUUCCUGCGUGAACUCAGAAGGAGAUUCGCAUGAAGACUGUGAUUUUAGUGAUGUAGUUUUGAGGUACAUAAACCAGAUGCUCAUGGAAGAAGAUAUGGAAGAGAAGGCUUGCAUGUUUCAGGAGGCACUUCAAGCCACCGAGAAAUCAUUGUACGAGGCCCUUGGGGAGAAGUAUCCUCCUACACCUGAUCAUGCUGUGGCGCCUUAUGUGGAUCAAAACUACGAAACCCCAGAUGAAAGUCAUGCUUUGAAUCAAGAUGAUUAUACCUUGUGUACUAUCAGCUCUAGAGGUACCAUCUCAGCAGGUGCUGGGUGGACUUGUGAUUUGGGAGAGCUUAAAUCAUCGCGUAUUGUCUCUGUGUUUACCCCUCAGUCGUCCUACAGCUCCACUCACUGGACGGGUAAUGUUGUAGAUGGGUUCGUGGAUUCCCCAGUCAGCCCUCUUGGAGUGCCAGCAAUAUUUUGUGAGAGUGAGUCUGUCAUGCAAUUUAAAAGAGGGUUCGAGGAAGCAAGCAGGUUUCUUCCCAAUGGAAAUGGUCUGAUAGCUGAUUUGGAGAGUAAUGGUUUGGUUUUGAAAGAACUGAAGGAAGAUGCUAAGGAUGUGGUAGUUAAGAUUGAGGAGUACCAUGAGAGUCAGCACUCCUUAGACGGGAUGAGGAGAAAGAAGAAUCCUUAUCUUGUGGAUGUGAACUUAAAGGAAGGGAGGAUUAGCAAGCAGUUGGCAGUCUCUGCAGAAUCAACUGUGACUUCAGAAAUGUUUGAUAUGGUUUUGCUAAAUGAUGGAAAAUGUGAAUUUGUACUUCAUCAAGCUUUGCAAAAUGGGACAAGCGAGAAUGUGCAGCAGAAUGGUCGGUCCAAAGGGUCGAAUGGUGGAAAGGCACGUGGGAAGAAGAAGGGAGGUAAAAGGGAUGUGGUAGAUUUGAGAACUCUCUUGACGCUUUGUGCACAAGCCGUUGCAGCCAAUGACCAGAGGAACACUAAUAAGCUACUGAAGCAGAUCAGACAGCAUUCUUCUCCUAUCGGAGAUGGGAUGCAAAGAAUGGCCCAUUAUUUUGCCAAUGGUCUUGAGGCACGCAUUGCUGGCUCUGGUACUCACAUUUAUACUGCCCUGAUUACCAGGCCAACUUCAGCUGCUGAUGUCUUGAAAGCUUACCAUCUUUUUCUUGCUGCCUGUCCCUUUAAGAAGCUUUCAAAUUUCUUUUCAAAUAGAACCAUUAUGAAUUUAUCUAAGAAGGCAACAAGGCUCCAUAUUGUUGAUUUUGGUAUCCUUUAUGGUUUUCAAUGGCCUGGCCUCAUUCAGUGUCUCUCGUCUAGGCCUGGUGGACCUCCUAAGCUUCGAAUUACUGGAAUUGAUCUUCCUCAACCUGGUUUUCGGCCUGCAGAAAGGGUUGAUGAGACAGGACACCGCUUAGCAAAAUAUGCAGAGACUUUCAAUGUUCCAUUUGAGUUCAAUGCGAUUGCACAAAAGUGGGAUACCAUCCAAGUUGAGGAUCUAAACCUUGACAAUGAGGAGGUGCUUGUUGUCAACUGUAUGUACAGAUUAAGAAAUCUACUUGAUGAGACAGUGGUGGUAGAGAAUCCAAGAGAUAUUGUUUUAAACCUGAUCAGAAAGAUGAAUCCAGAUGUUUUCAUACAGGGCACCGAGAAUGGGGCCUUUAGUGCACCCUUCUUCAUCACAAGAUUCCGAGAGGCGCUAUUCCAUUACUCUACUUUGUUUGAUAUGCUUGAGACUACCGUGCGCCGUGAGAUUGAGGAGAGGCUACUUAUUGAGAAGGAGAUAUUUGGGCGUGAGGCAAUGAAUGUCAUUGCAUGUGAGGGCUCAGAGAGGAUUGAGAGGCCUGAGACAUACAAGCAAUGGCAGCUCCGGAAUAUGAGGUGUGGGUUUAGGCAACUCCCUUUGAACCGGGAGAUCGUGAACAUGGCAAAAGAUUGGGUAAAAUCAUCUUACCACAAGGAUUUUCUGAUUUAUGAAGAUGGUGAAUGGCUGUUGCAGGGGUGGAAGGGACGAAUUGUUUAUGCACUCUCUUCUUGGAAGCCAGUUAGUUAGGCACCUUACUGUUGAUUAUUCGUUGAAGGUCAUGGGAUUCUCCUUGCAAUUGCCUUGCGGUAGGGGAUAUGCUCUGAGAAUUUCUUCCCCUAUUUCUGAUACAUAAAGUCAAGGUACUGAAAUAUCACGGCUAAAAGAAUAUUUUUAUUUCUCUUCCUCCUACUGAUACCUCAAUGUUGAUGUUCGUAUGGUGGUAAAGUGAACUUAAUAUGAAUGGCUGAAUACUUUUUUGCCGAGCAGGUUAACUGGAGGCAGAAUAAAGACUGCUGCCUGCUUGUUGUCAUCGUUCUAUGGAAGACCUAUUCUUGAAUUGUAGGUAGAAAGAAGCGACACUACUUGACAUUUCCCAGUAAUUGACAUCUUGUUUGCUAUAUUGGUCUAUACACAUUUGUUUGAUAACCUUAAUUUAAAAUAAAUAUUUUAAACUCUCUUUAUGUA